AUGGAGAACUACCAGAAGAUUGAGAAGAUUGGAGAAGGGACCUACGGUGUGGUCUACAAGGCCCGUGAACUCAACCACCCCAACCGUAUCGUGGCCCUGAAGAAAAUUCGACUCGAAGCCGAAGAUGAAGGUGUUCCUAGCACGGCUAUCCGCGAGAUUUCCCUCCUCAAAGAAAUGCAGGACCCGAACAUCGUCCAGCUGCUGAACAUUGUCCACGCCGAUGGCCACAAGCUCUACCUUGUCUUUGAGUUCCUCGACCUCGACCUGAAGAAAUACAUGGAGGCUCUGCCCGUUAGUGAGGGUGGCCGCGGAAAGGCUCUUCCGGAUGGUAUGAAGAUGAGCACGAACCUGGGACUGGGCGAGGCUAUGGUCAAGAAGUUUAUGGCCCAGCUCGUCGAGGGCAUCCGCUACUGCCACAGCCACCGGAUUCUGCACCGUGAUCUGAAGCCCCAGAACCUGCUGAUUGACCGUGACGGUAACCUCAAGCUGGCCGACUUUGGGCUGGCUCGUGCAUUCGGUGUCCCAUUGCGAACCUACACCCAUGAGGUUGUGACUCUCUGGUACCGCUCCCCCGAGAUUCUGCUGGGUGGUCGUCAGUACUCUACGGGCGUGGACAUGUGGUCCGUUGGGGCUAUUUUCGCCGAGAUGUGUACGCGCAAGCCGCUCUUCCCUGGCGACUCGGAGAUCGACGAGAUCUUCAAAAUUUUCCGGGUUCUCGGUACCCCUAGUGAAGACACCUGGCCUGGUGUGACCUCAUUCCCCGACUACAAGCCGACCUUCCCCAAGUGGAAGCGUCCCGAUGCAGACCUCGUCCCUGGUCUGGAAGAAGCGGGCUGCCAACUGCUGGAGGCUCUGCUCGAGUAUGAUCCCGCACAACGGCUUUCGGCCAAGCAGGCCUGCAUGCACCCAUACUUCCGAAACGGCAGCUCGUACUACUCGGGACGUACCCAGCGCAACGGUUUCCACUAA